UUUAGCGAUGAUUUAGCGAUUAUGAUUUAUGAUUUAUGAUUUAGCGAUUGAUAAAUGAGAUGAUCUGACGGAACUUUAUAAAAAUGAAUACGUGUAAAAGAGUUGCAGUAGGUUUAAAGCGUAACAGUUUGCGGGAUUAUUUUGGCACUUCAACUUGUUAUGCUAGGACACAGUUAUGUCACACAUACGUAUUGCCAGAUAGUGAAUUGAAGUCUUCUUAUGAUGCUGUUAUUGUAGGAGGUGGACACAAUGGGUUAGUUGCUGCGGCUUAUCUUGCGAAAGCUGGGAAAAAGGUAUGUGUGCUAGAACGGCGUCAUAUUAUUGGAGGUGCGGCUGUGACGGAAGAAAUUAUACCGGGAUUUCAGUUUUCACGUGCAUCGUACGUGCUAAGUUUAUUGCGGCCACACAUCAUGCAAGACUUGGAACUCGUGAAACAUGGGUUGAAGCUACACUUGCGUGACCCAUGCUCCUACACCCCGAUACUGGAAUCUGAGGUCAGCAGAGGGUGCCCCCAGUCACUGCUAAUGGGUCCACAGGCUGGACUGACUGUGCAAGAGAUAGGCAAGUUCUCCAAAAAAGAUGCAGAGGCAUUCCCACUAUAUGAGCAGCAGUUAGAGAGGUUUGCACAAGCUAUUCAACCUCUACUUGACAACACACCAAUUGACAGUAAGAAGUUAGCUAAAAGCUCACUGUGGGAACAAAUUAAAGAGGCCUACCACUCCAAGCAUAUAUUUGAAGCAGGAAAAAUCCUUGGUGAAGACCUGCCACUGUUCUAUGAGUAUCUAACAGCUCCAGCCUCUAAAAUCCUAAACCAGUGGUUCGAUUCGGAACCUCUGAAGGCAACCCUGGCUACGGACAGUGUCAUCGGAGCGAUGAUUAGCCCAGACACCCCUGGAAGCAGUUACGUGUUGCUACAUCAUGUCAUGGGUGAACUAGAAAAACAGAAAGGCAUAUGGGCAUACCCAGAGGGAGGAAUGGGAGCUGUCUCAUCAGCCAUUGCUAGCUCUGCUCGUGCAGCUGGUGUGGAGAUAUUCACAAACAAGGCAGUGUCCCAGUUCAUCGUCGAUGCGUCGAACGGUGUGCGUGGCGUGGCGCUGAACGAUGGAACUGAAGUGAGAGCCACGGCCGUCCUGUCAAAUGCCACGGCCAAGGUCACGUUCCUUGACCUCUGUCCGGCCGAGGCACUGCCCAGCAAAUUCCGCUCCGCAAUCGGCCGCAUAGACUACACGUCGCCCGUCACAAAGAUAAACGUGGCUACCAGAGGCCUGCCGAACUUCGUGGCCGACCCGAGCGUUGGUGAUGACCCGAUGCCUCAUCACCGCGCGACGAUACAUCUCAACUGCGAGCACAUGUCCCUCAUACAGGAGGCGUAUGAGGAUGCGUCGCGCGGCGAGAUCUCGCGGCGACCUCUUAUAGAAAUGACUAUUCCAUCAAGCAUGGACCGUACCAUUGCUCCUGAGGGGUGUCACGUCUUGCUCUUCUUCACCCAGUUCACACCCUAUACUUUGGCAGGUGGGAAGACAUGGGAUGAAAAGACUAAGCAAGCUUAUGCUGAACAGAUAUUCGGCGACGUGGAGAAGUAUGCGCCAGGCUUCCGCGAGCUCAUCGUGGGAUAUGAGGUCCUGCCGCCUCCUGAGCUUGAGAAAAUAUUUGGUCUAACAGAAUAUCUUCCACGGCGCCAUGUCGCUGGAUCAGCUGUAUUUCACAAGGCCGGUGCCUGGCGGAUCUGGAAGCCGGUCACCUGUGAAGGGACUUUACCUGUGUGGGAGUGGUGCACACCCAGGUGGCGGAGUGAUGGGAGCGCCAGGUUACCUCGCUGCACAAGCUGUGCUGCAGGAUGGCAGCUAGGUGCGCCCUCUAUAGCGAAAUUCAGGAAAGAAAGAACACGAGGCAAUGAUGGCAUGGGACUUUCACACAUCCCUAUUCCAAUAUGUGUCUGCCCCUGCUUCUUCCCUAUUUACUUCACUUGGUGCCCGUUGUAAGAAACAUGGUAAUUAGUUGUGACACCAUAAGUCUAAAAUUAUCAUCCCUAAUGAAGUGUUGUGUUGGCUUGUGAUAUUUUAAACUUAUGAUAGCCAUAACUUUUUAUGAUGUGUCUGACAACUGCUCUAGACUAGUGUUGGACUGAUACAACCAGGAUACGACCAUCUUAAAUGUUAGCGUAUUCGUGGAGACGAACAAUUGAUUUGCAAUAUUGUCCCAUCUUAUGUGCUGUUGCAUUUUGCUAUUGUUACAACAAGUUUACUGGUGCUACGAUAAUAAUUUCAUAUACGACGUUUAAUAUUUGAUUCAUAUUUUCCAUGAGCUGUCGUUCUAUUCGGGUGGAGCUGCAGUUAAAAUUUUGAUACGCCAAAUUUGAUAGGUGAUCGUGUGAAAGCUGUUCACCUACUACUGUACUAAUGAUGGAGAUCAUAUCACGUCUGACGUGUCUUGUUGAAUUUUUUUUUUUUUCUUGUUUGUUUCCUGUAUUUGAAUUUUGAUAUAUAUAUAUAUAUAUGUAUUCUCAUUUUAACGAUGAAUUUUCAUUAUUGUUUCAAAACCACUAAGUUGUUUUAAUUAUAGUAAUCAUACAAUUAUUAUAAUUUUACGUUAAUUUUUAAUCAUGUUUAAAAAUGUUGAAGUUGGCUGUUCAUUAGGUUGAGCGUUUUAAAAUUGGUGCAUAUAUUAAUCUCCGUAUUAAUGAUUUGAUAGCAAUGGUUUAUACAUGUAUUGUAUAAUAGCAUGUAUUAAUUACCUUGUAUGUGACUGUGACGAAUUAAGUGCAAUAUAUAUUGGAAAUAAAUUAGUCAAU